CAGUCAUGAUUUAUUUGCUAUAAAUUCUUCUUCAACUCAAAACGAUAGUGACGUUAGAAGAUAUAUGCGAUUGACAACAGAUGAAAUUUUCUUUUUAAUUGAAUUACAUUUUUUUAACAACAAAAAAGUUGUUCAAGUUGAUACAGGAGUAGACGCCACAGUUGAGCGGAAGAGGUAUAUGUAUCUCAUGAAUGAAUACAUUCGGCUUUUAAAUUAUAGUGAAAUAAUGUUUCUCUCCAAAAAACAAAAACAAAUGAAUAAUAAAUAAAUCUUUUCGCAUAGCAUAUUAUUGUAAAUACUAUAAAUAUGAUUCGACGGACUGUCAAAUUAUUGGUUGUUGGAAUUCCGUUGAUAUCGUUGGUGUGUGUUGCUUAUUGGAAAUAUUCAGGUGAUGUUAGAGAACGAACACAGGUACACGACAUCAAGAAACGUCAAACAGACCACCGAAUCAAUGCCAGAAUUGGAAACGUUCCCGCUGAACCAGAUGAAACUUUGACCUUGACCAUUAACGAGGAAGAGAUUAGCGAAGGACAAUCCUUGACGUUCACCGUCAACGAGAAAGAACCCAAUGAUUUUGAGGAAUUGUUGCCAGGGUAUCUUGUUUGCAAAAAACGAAAAGAAAAAUCUGAAAUUUCACCACCGCAGAAGCUAAUUGCUGGACUGGAGGAGUUGGAUAAAGAUAAUGAGCUGGUUCUGAGAGAUGAAGAACGGAAAGUACCUCGAGUUCGAAUUUCACUCUCAUCUUUGUCACCGACACGACCGAUAGGUUGCUGUCCUCCUGGUGAUAAAGAAGGAAAGAUUUAUCGUGUCGGAUCGUAUUGUUGUAUUGAUGAGGUCUACAACACAACAUCCCAUUUUUGCUGUCUGUCCAAAGCAAGAGUUCUUGAAUUCUCGAAAGAAAAUCGAGAUUACUGUUAUCCUCAGAACCGACAACCUUUCUGUCGUCUCGUCGAUCUUGAAUUGAAAGCGAAAAAACCGAUGACGGCAGAAUGCCAAUACACGAGUAACGAUACACCAUAUUCAUGUACAAUGGUCUGUCCCAAAGGAAUGCAGCCAAAAGACGGAAUCGACCAAGUAGAAUGUUUAGAAAAUGGAGUAUGGAACACACUUCCAACAUGCUGCGAGGGAUGUCCGUCAACAUUUCGACUUGACGUUUGGUUCCUCGUUGAAGUUUCUCAAUUAUACGGAAUGAAAAAUUUCAGUUAUUUACUUCAGUUCUUGAAGGACUCGCUCUCAUACUUACCAGUUUCACAGGAGGGGGUUCGAGUUGGUAUAACACUCUUCAACAGAGUUGUAUUCCACGAUGUUGGUGUUUGGUAUUUAUCAGAUCACAAUUCACACGAGAGUCUCAAUCGAGCAAUAGACGAAAUACCUAUCGAAGGAUCUGGGAGCAAAACCGGAGCAGCCCUGUCUUGGGUCGCAAACAAUGCUUUCACAGAACAGAAAGGAAACAGAGAGGAUGUCGAAAAUCUAGUUGUUGCUAUACUGGAAGACGAAGCUGAUGAUCCGUAUACUGACGCAGCUCGAGAGUUGAAAUCAAUCUCCAAAGUCAUGGUGAUCGGUAUCGGAGACAAACUUAGUGAUGACGACAUGCAUUCAAUCGCUUCACUUCCAAACAACGUUUACCGAGCACCAAGCUUUGAGAAACUGCCCGAACUAAAUCGAGUUGUUUUUAAAAGUGUGUGCGGAGAAACAUGUAUUUUGCAGAAGAACUGAAAUGACUGAUACAAGAAAUGUUAUGCC